AUGGAAAGCGAAUGGAGAAAAGACGUGUUGAAGGAGCUAAGAAAGAUAGGAGAGAGCGUAGAAGAAAUAAGAAAAGAACUGAUGCGAGAAGCGGCAAGAAGAGAACAGGGAAGGAAAAGCACAGAGAAAAUAGACAAAAGGGGCAACAGCAAAGGAACAGAGGAAGACGACUCAAAAGAGGGGAAAAUAGAGAGGAAAGACAAGAAUGAAGACAAGGGUUUCACACUGAGAGGAGAAUAUAGUGAGAAGUGUGUAGAGGAAGUGAAAGAGGAGGAAGGAGAGGAGUCGCUGCAGAAAAAAAGAAAAAACGAGUCGCAGGCAAAGGAGAAAGAAAAGGAAAGGACGGAGAAUGGAACGGAAAAAAGAAGAAGAGAAUGUGUGGAGGAGGGCGACGAGGUAAGGCUGGGGAGAAGCCUAGAAAAACAAACGUUGGGCGAAGAGGAGGAGAACGAAAAAGAAGCAGAAGGGAAGAACAGAGAGGACUGGAGGGAAAGUUGGGAAACAAAAAUAGAGAUGGAGAAGAAAGAAAGAAGAAAAAGAAGCCUGGUGUGGAAAGGAGUGGGAGGAAAAGACGCAGAGGAAAGAAGCAGGAGGGUUAACAUAAUGUCACAAAUAGAAUUGGGGAAAAAAGUGAUGAUAAAGAAGCAAACAGAGUUGACAGGGGAGGGCGGGAGAAAACUAAUCCUGAUGGAACUAGAAGAGGAGGAGGAUAGAAACGUACUGCUAGGAAAAAAGAAUGACAUCUGGGAAAAAUGGAGAGCGGUAAUAGAAGAGGACCUAUCCAGUGAGGAAAGAAAACAGAAAUGGCGAAUAAAAGAAAAAGCCAGAGAAGAACGAUUCAAAGGAAAGAGAGUAGAAUAUAACAACAGAAGGAUCUGGAUUGAAGGAACAGAAUGGAGAUGGGCAGAAAAAGAAGGGAAGUGGAAGAGUGUGUAG